AUUAACUCGAGGCCAACAGAUGUCCCACUGUCUGACAUCACAAGUCGCCUAAAUGUUCGACACUUCGCUGCUUCAAAAGUCACGAGGCAGAACGCGUCUGGGAAAAGACAAGAGCUGCGGGCUGUGGGAUGCGAUCAAGUUACACCAACGACAGGUAGGCUCGGUGCUCAGACAGCCAGCGCCGCUCUGCCGGCCACGACGGACAACUUUUCGUUUCCACUCGGACUUUUGUUACCACAAGCUGAACGAACAUCGCAUGCUUCCCUGUGUUUUGGCGAGGGGAAAAAAAUCCUGAUUUCACAACGUGUGUCAAACGAAUCGCAACAAUCGGGCCUAGAAAUGUUGUGUUGCUGCUUGUCCAGGUCACUCUUGUUGACCCUUUGCAUGACUGUCUUUAUUAUAUCGUCAGUGGCAGGCCAAACAAUCGCAGACUGUCCUGACCCAUGGCUGGCUUAUGGGGACUACUGUUAUCAGUUUGCUGGCACUAACCUGCUCAAGUUUGACAGUGCCAGUUUGGACUGUGGUGAUGAUGGAGCAAGUCUGGUGUACAUAACAUCGGCAGAAGAGCACAAUUUCAUUACAAACUGGUUGGAAAAAUUCGAUCCUUUACACCGGAAUUGGCUGACCAGUGGCCAUGGGUUGUCCAGAAAGGACACAGGUGUAGCAGGGGCUCUGCCUUACCAGUGGGUGGCCACGUCGUCGGCGUUGCUACCCGACCUUCAGUUCUGGUUGCCAGGACAACCGAAUGCCGCCAUGGACAAGUCGUCAGCUGCCAUUGCCUACACGUUUGGAGUGUCGGGAUAUGGAUGGAGUCUUGUUCCAGAUGGUUUUGAAAAUGCUUAUAUCUGUAAGAUCCUCAAAGUUGAAGCUUAUCGUAUUCUGCAACAGACACGGGGCUACGACUACGGCCUGCCGGCUACAGAUGGUGUGAUAGAGCGAGGCCCUCAGUUCAUCUCGAUGCCCAACUCUCUGGUGGUGGUCAGCUCCACGGGGGAGCCUGCAGUGCUGGAGUGCAUAGCCUUUGGUACUCCAGAACCAACCUACAGAUGGGUCCGCGGGAAGAAUUUUGGCGAGGAGGUUUUGGCCUCGACUAACUCUCGCUACAGCCUCAUCAACGGCCGUCUGAUCAUCGAGAAUCCUGUAGAGGCCCAGGACAGCAAUUCUUACCGGUGUGAGGCCAGAAACAAGUUCGGGACCGUCAUCUCCAGCUCUGUCGCCAUUUCUUUUGGAUAUCUUGGCGACUUCUCUAACGUACAGAACGCGCCGGUCCGCGCCAAAGCUUACGACGGGGUGGCCAUCGAGUGCAGUCAGAUCAUCUACAGGCCAGCGAUACAGUACCAGUGGCUGAAGGAUAAUGCACAGUUCGUACGACCAGAAUUUCAGUCAUACAUCUUCAUCUCCAACAAUGGCAAGCUGUACUUUUCUGAGGUAACGAGGUCUGACGAGGGACGCUACCAGUGUAUUGCCGAGCUGAUGGGGGUCAACCGGUUCACCAUCGGAACCAAUCAGCCUCCUGCUCGAUUCUCACUUCCCAUACCUCUAGCUGUCAGCGACCAGAGCCCAAAGUCCAACUGGGGACCAGAAAUCCAGAACGACUUCCCGGCUGUUUUUCCCAAGCCCCCACUCAGAGGCCAGGAUGUUCGUCUGGAAUGUUUUGCCUACGGCUCAUCAACAACCCCGUUCUACUAUUCCUGGCAGCGCCUGGGCCUUCCCAUUCCAGCCUCUGCAGUCUUCCAGGAUUACAACCGGGUGUUGAUCAUCCGUAACGCCCAGAUGGAGGAUGCUGGGACCUACAACUGUACCGUCACCAGGACGUCGAGUGCUAAGGACACUCGUUCUUUCUACCUGGCACUUGGAGCACGACCAUAUUUCGUCGCUCCUCUGAAAAAUCAGCACGCUGACGUCCAUGGCCAUCUUACCUGGAAGUGUGAAGCCAGAGGAAACCCGUCUCCUGUCUACCGCUGGUACAAGAAUGGCCAGCUCCUGACCUCUGACCCCAAUACUCGAGUGCAGGUGUCCAAAAACAUACUUGUGAUAACAAACUUGGACGCCUCUAUGCACGAAGGGAUGUACCAGUGCGAGGCUGUCAACACUUACGGUUCCGAAAUGAGCAACGCGCAGCUGAGAGUUCUGUCUUUUGCUCCAUCCUUUACAAAGAAACCGCUUCCUGUUCAAAUGUCUGGAGCAGUGGGAGGUGAUCUCGUCAUUCAGUGCAACCCAGAAGGAGCCCCACUGCCUCAGAUCACGUGGCUGCGCAAUGGCGGUCAGCUGACGACAGGCACAGACGGUCGCUACAUACAGUAUCCCAAUGGAGAUCUGCUGAUAAAGACUUUACAAAGUUCGGACGCUGGUACAUUCACAUGUAAAGCUGUCAAUGAUGGCGGAGAAGCCGAGAGCUCGACCACAAUUUUUGUCGCCAGCGGCGCUGCUAUAGCGACCGGUCCAUCCGCAGUCAGCGCCAUAGUCAAUGAAACCGCCUUCCUGCAAUGUACAGCCUCUAGAGAUCCCACUACAGAUGUCAACUUUGUUUGGUACUUCAACAAUUAUCCACUGGAUAUUUCAGAUCCAACAUUUUCUGUAGUUUCUGAGACACAAGCAUCCAGCCGAACUGGUUUGUACAUCAAGGGUGUUCAGUUCAAAUACGAAGGUCAAUACACCUGUGUUCUUCAGACGCCGUUUACUGCAGACUCCAAAAGUGGAUACUUGACCGUCAGAGGACCACCCAGUAUGCCAGCAGGCUUGUAUGUGAGAACGGAGUCAGUCACUCAGACCAGCGUCAUGCUGAUGUGGACAGUGGGAGCUGACAAUGGCGGGGCAGUCGUCUCCUUCAUUGUGGAGGCCGAGGACGAGUUCAACCCAAACGAGUGGCAAACCGUCCUGACCGUGGCAACAAAAGACUCCAUUCCAGCAGACAUCCUUCAAACGGACAAGCACGGUGUGCAGGUGGACAACCUUAAUCCGGGUAAUGGUUACCGGUUCCGGGUGUCGGCACAGAACGAGUUUGGUAUCGGCACACCCAGCAUUCCAUCAGAUUUCGUGAAAACCCUCGACGCCCCUCCUUCAGUGGCCCCAAGCAACGUUAGAGGAGGAGGAGGUAGCGUUGGAGACUUAACUAUAAGAUGGGAUCUGUUAGACCGGUCUGAGUGGGGCAGCUCAUCUGUGUAUUACCGUGUUUACUGGAGAAAGAAGACCGAAGGAGACAAUGAAGGACGUUGGCAGUCGGCAACAAAAACUGGGACAGACGAUCAUCAUGUUACCCUUGUAGGAAUAGAAAACUUCUUCCUGCUGUAUGAAGUGAAAGUUCAAGCUAUCAAUCCCCUCGGACAAGGACCCAAUUCUUCCAUCGAAGAAGUCUAUUCGGCUGAAGACUUACCAUUGGGCGUUCCCACCAACGUUGUUUCAAACACUUACAACACUUCCACGAUUGAGGUGUCGUGGACACCUGUACCUGACACACGUGAGGCUGCCAGGGGGAAAAUUCUGGGCUACCAGAUCAACUACUGGCCUCAGGAUCUCGACAAUCGGCGUAAAGACGAGUGGCAGUUUAUUCGUUACUAUGGAGACGACGUGAGUAGCGGACUUGUCAUCAAUCUGGCUACACAGGUCAACACGUGGGUGGGCGUGCAAGUUGUCAAUUCUGCCGGCCUUGGUCCACUGUCUGAACAAUACUUGAUGGAGACAGCAUUCUACCCGUCCUGGCACUACCCAGAAGAAGUUCGAGUGUCUUCUGUCGGAGCUGGGCAAGUUAGAAUCUGGUGGCGGGGUAUAUUGACCACAACGUGGGAGGCUGGACUGACGGCCUAUGUGAUAUUUUACUGGAAUGCCAACGAAGACUUCAGAACGCGACAGGAGCUUCAAGUGAAGUUCCCCAUCAAUGAGGCUAUACUGGACGGCCUGGAAGAAAAUACUCUCUAUGCCAUACGAGUGUGUGGCUAUAACGCGGGUGGCUACGGCGCUAAGUCACCGACACAAUACUUCACUUUUGAGGGAUCUGUCUUCAUUAAUUCUGGCUUAUCGCAAGCGAUCGAUACAUACCUGGCACAAGCUACCUGUCCUAGACCGACUAGCAUCAUCCUGAUCCUCCUUGCAUUCCACACAUUCUUCUCCUGGAUUGGUAGUUAACAAGUCUUCUCCUCAUUACGACUGUUUUCUUCUUGGUUCUGACUUGCAACAAUAAACUACCACCUAAACUACGAUGGACUUCAUCUAGAUGUGUAGCUAGCGACUGUUCAGUACACCUGUUCUCACCUGGAUGGUCUUUAACGAAUGUACACUGCGAUCAUUUAAAUGUGCUGGAAACUGCUGUUGACUGUCUUCAUCUAGAUGUGUUUUGAAACGAUCUUUCACUGGUAAAAGUCUGCUGAGCUCACUUGGAUAUUUUGUUAACGACAUGGUUAAAGUAUACCUGGAAGUGUUGCUAACGACAUUUAUCGGGAUAAAGCCGAUACUUUCAGCUGGAUAUGUGACGUAUUCACAAAAGAACGACUUCACCUGGCUGUGUUGUUAAUGACUGAUCAAAAGCUGUUUCUUUCACCCAGAUAUGUGACUAACGAGGUAUACACCAACGUAUUUUUUCACCUGGAUCUGUUGCUAACAAAUAUUUACUGGAGAAUGAUUUCAACUGAAUGUGCUGCUAACAUAUUCUCGCUCAAGUACGACUCUUGAAUGUGAACCCCGAGUGAACAAACGUUGAUACAGGUGUUCAGGAGAAGCCGUUACAGGGAAUCUUCAUUCACUGCUGAUAGACUGGAUAAUAAAAGUCGGAUGUGACCUGAGACAUAAGAGUUUUGGUGUCAUAGGCUCGCUCACAUCGAUGAUAAUUGACUGUUGCCAUUCUUCGAAACAAAUUAUAGAAUUUUUUUCCCCGCUUUUAACGACAUUAAGGAGGUUUUUUGCACAUUUUGUUUUGUUCCGUUUGUGUUCUAUUUUAUUAAUAUGUUUCCAAAUAUCUGCUCAAUGUUAUCAAGACCAAAGAUUUUAACGGUAAAGCUGCAGUCUAUUAAAUGUUAUUAUUGUAAA